AUGUCGGCGACGCCUCGCAAGCCCAGUAUCCCGGGCAAUUCCAACAGAAACUCGACUGCAGAAAGUCACACAGCCAGCGGCACUGCAUCGCGAACGCACACUCGAUCUCCCAGUGCUUCGACAAAUGGCGUCACUCGUUCUCCGUCCCUGCGUGCUUCGACUCCGGUCUCUGCGCGGGCUGCGGCUCGGAAACCCGGUCGCUCCAACCUGAGCACAUCCAGUGCCCCCAAAGUUACGCCCAAUCAAUCCGACGAAGAGGCCCGGGCCCAGACCGCUGCACUCAUUGAUGACCUCAAGGAGCAGUUGCAAAAGGCGGAGACCGCCUCGGAGCAGUAUCGCAAGCAGUUGGGUGUCCUUCAAAUGCGCCUCGAUGAGGCGGUGAGCGAGCAAGGCAAGUUGGAGGACCAGAGCCAUGAGAGGGAUAGCAAGAUUGAAGCCCUGAAUGGUGAGAUCCGUGACCAUGUUCGCCAGAUUCGCGACCUCGAACAGGCACACGAACUGGAACGCAAUGCCAUGCUGCAGGAGAAGGAACAACAGGCGAGUCGUGAGGAAGAGAUGCAGGCUACCAUUCAGCGUCUGAAGGAGUCGCUGGCUCAGAAGGAGCGGGCAAAUGCUGCUGAUUCGGAUAAAAGUGUGUCUCGCUCAUGUAAGAAGAUCAUUUCUUCUUCUCCUUUGUCCUCUUCUAGUGGGAAACCUGCUAACAUGCCCCUUAUAGCCAGUUUCCGCAACCGGGCAUCACCGGAUGUCGAUGGUCAAUUCGCGCCCUCUUCCCAGAUUGAGAGAAGCCCUUCCCGCAAUAACUCGAAGCUGCUUUUGCAGAAGGAUAAGUUGAUCGAGUCUCUUCGGCUGGAGCUGGCUGAGUCCCAGAUCAAGCUUGUCGAGAUGGAGAACAAGGGCGGUGGCAGACAGCGAGAGCUGGAGAAGGAGCUUCUGGAAGCUCGCAUGGCGAAUGCCCGCUUGAUGGAGGAUAAUGAGAGCUAUCAAUUACUCCUCAGUGAGAGAACCCUCAAUGGUGAUUUCACAAAGGGUGACUUCAUGCGGGAAGUUCACCCGGACACUGCCGAGGAUGUCAAGGAGUCUGGCAGUGGCUUGGGUUCGUUGGCUGACGAGCUAGAAUCCGUCGAUGCUCGAGCAGAGACAGACAACACCCGCAAGCUGGAGACGGAGAUCAAGGCGCUGAAGGACCAGAACAAAGCCCUUACCCUUUAUAUCGAGCGGAUCAUCAGCCGCCUCCUGCAGCAUGAUGGUUUCGAGACCAUCCUUGACAAGAAUGAAAACGAUCCCCCGGCCAAGCCGAUGCCUGCGCACAGCAACAAAGAGCUUCCACCAACUCCCCCUGAGAAGGAUGACGCGCAGCAGACCUUCCUACAGCGCGCCAAGUCGGUCGUUGCAGGCCCGAACCAGAACCCUCCUCGGCCUUCGACCCAGCCGCGGUCACGCCCCACGAGCUAUAUGCCUCCACCCACCAGUGUGCCGACCGCUCACGAGAACCCACAGACAGCUCCUAGCAUCCCCCUUCGUGCUGGAUCAAUUCGCGGUCACCGCCGGACAAGGUCUGAACAAACGGACGUUGGGGCAGCAUCCGUCGUGGGUCAGAUGUAUCGGGGACGCAACUCGGGUGGGCCGAUCAGCCCUACUCUCAUGGGACCUGGAAAUCGCCAAAGCGCAUUUUCUUCAGCGAGUAUCAUGUCGAGUAUGAGUACCGGUGGCCGUGCGCCUUCACUCUCCAGUCAGCCUGAGCACAGCCGUUUGAGCAGCUCGGAUAGUGUCACGAGCGACCCCGCUGGUGAUACGGCAUCUACCGGUGCAACCUCCAGCUCUCCCCGUUCUAGCACCGGCAUGACCAAUUACACUGGAGCUGUCAUGACCCAGAACAAACUGCGUCCCCUGCGCCUAGUCAGCGAGACUAAGCUGGCCGAGGAAGAAGAAGCUGCCCGCAAGAAGGCUAACCGAGGCAGUUGGAUCCCCUGGUUCAACCGUCCCAACUCUAGCGAGGCCACCCAGCCUUCAACUUGA